UUUACCAAGUAAGCUUCCUCUUGUUCUGUGUACCCUUUGGAUGCUUCUUACCCUGCUCCUUCGUCGUUCGUCUUUGGAGAUCUCUCCCUGCCGGCUCCGUGAUGGCGGCAGCUACCCUCAGUUUUAACGGGCAUUGCACAAGGCGGAUCAACUUUUGCCUUGCCUGUCCCCGGCACGCUCUCAUGUUGCGAUCUCGACUUGCAUCCGAAUGAUCGGAUCAGGAUAAAGGAGAGCCAGCGUGUGGGCAGCCGGCAGCGAUUAGGUUGGUAGGUAUACGUGCACGUCUGGCCAACACACCGCAAGCCGGCGAGGCAGCAGCCGCACUGCCGCAGAGAGAAAGGGGGAAGCGACCCCGACGCGCGCGAUGGGGAGCGGCGAGGCGGCGGGGACGAGGCAGCAGCAGUUCGGGAGCAUGGACGAGUUCUGGGGCUUCUACCUGAGCCAGCACUCCAAGCCGGGGACGCGGCGGUGGCACUUCCUCGGCACGCUGGCCUCUCUCGCCUGCGCGGCGCUCGCGGCCGCCACGGGCCGCGCCGCGCCGCUCCUCGCGGCGCCCGUGCUCGGGUACGGCAUGGCGUGGUACAGCCACUUCUUCGUGGAGGGCAACCGCCCGGCCACGUUCGGCCACCCCGUGUGGUCCCUGCUCUGCGACUACCGCAUGUUCGGGCUCAUCCUCACCGGCCGGAUCGACGCCGAGCUCGACCGGCUUCGCAUCCAGCCUCGACCCGACUCCCCGGCGACCUCUGCGCACCAGGACUGAUCACCCUCGAAGACUCUGCGUCGCAUGCUCGAAGGCUCGAAGUGAAGGCCUAAAUCAAUCGUACCAGCGAGCAGUGUGUGCCUGCUUCCUGGUAAUAUUGAUACCAAUAAUCACACAAAGUUGCAUCUCUAGAUACAGAUAAUCAGAUAUGCCACGUUCAUGCUCCCUAUGAUUUCUCUGAUCUUAUUUGGUCUGGCCACAAGUGAAUUCGAAAUGGCAUAGAAUUGUCACUAGUU